AUGUCGUCACAUCAUCCGAGCAUUGGCAGCUCUGGGCUUGGUUCCGUUUUCAAAUCUCUCACCAAAUCACUCAAGUCUUCGACUAAGAAUGUUCCGGUUCUGAUUAACCCUACGGUUGUGGGAGGAGGCCAGGAUUUGCCACAGCUCUUUCACCAACUCAAGCAUGGGACUCUUUCGGUACGAACGGAUACGGCAGCCAAAUUAGCAGAGUCUCUCGAUAAAUAUUCCAUAUCUUCGAUUCCAGAACUCUGGUAUCUAGCACGAGAUAUGUGCGAUCCACGGAUGCUGAGUUCUAGCAGACGUGUAGCAUUAACUUUGCUAGACAAGUGUAUAAAACACGACGAUGAUUCUGUAGGAGCACGUUUGAGAUAUUUUCGUGAUAUCGUCACUUUUUGUCAAUUAAAGCCGGGAAGCAGAAUCGAUCCAGAGUACGAUUUGUUCUUGGUAGCGUUGAAAACGCUAACAAAUGAUGGCAGAGAUAUUCAUGACUUCUGCAUUUACGACGAUGAAAAGAAUUUCAACUCGUUGAUCGACUUGAGCUUGUUUUUGUUGGCUCCAUUGCUGAAGCACUAUGUCUACCAGGAUCUGCUUCAGGAUGAGAAGGCUUUAAGUAAUGAUAAGGAGUUCAGCUUUCUCGUAUUGACGUUGGAUUUCGUCAAAAACUGUCUCAAGUUCAACUUCACCUUACUUGAGGAGUCGCUAGUAGUCACUAUUCUCAACAGGGCUGUAGAAAUCGGCUUUCAGACCACUAAUAAGGUGAUUCUCAUGAACGUUCUAGAGCUCACCGAUUCAGUAAUCUUAUUUGGAAGUAUACCGAUCGACUGCUUCAACAAAGUCAUCAACUUCUUCAGCUCUGUCUACGGCAUUAGUCUUGAUGACGAUCUUAAUCAGACCGUCUGGGAAACGAUAGAUAGCCUCUGUAAAGAAGACACCUUCCAACUAGUAAUAACAGGGUUAUGUGAUACUAUACUGAGCCAUGAGUUGCAAAGAUACCGAGGCUCCACGACAACCAUUCUGGAAAUGAACUUGCUUACUACAUCCGUCAACUCUUGCAUCGGAGCUAUCGAAUUAGUACAGAUGCUACACGUUGUCAAUGUCACCCAUAAUAGAUUAUCUUUUGAAAGCAUUUACGCUGGCGUACUCAAGGCUUCUAAGACAGCCAUUUCAUACAAUAUUCCAUUGAUAAACACGACGUUCUUGCGCUCUUAUGACAGGCUUUUCUCAAAGGAAUCGUACAGCAUCAACUACAACAUACAGUUCAACGAUUCGUUUGACAAGAUCCUACCUUUUGCUCUCUGGUACUCUAGCACACUAUCAGUAUUCGAUGUUCUUAAGGGUUUAAGGAUAAAUACGGACCAAGAUAAGAGUUAUAUGCUGUCUAUUUGUCUAUCUUUACAGUCUUUGUACGAGAAUCACGAAUUACAGUCACCCAAAGACAAGUUAGUCAAUUUCUUGAUGUUGAACUAUCAAUACUUGGCUCCUUCCAGUUGUAAGUUUGUUCUUCAAUUCUACAACGACGAAAGACUGUGCUGUUUACUAAACCCAUUCUGGAAAGACAACUGUGUGAAGUUGUUAAACUAUUUCUAUUACAACGCAUCUAAUUUUGAAACUAAAGUGGAGUGCAUCCGUGUUAUCAAAGAGGGCCUUGAGACAUCAUUAUCUAUUUUUUCAAAAAACAGCAUAAACUACGACUUGGUGCUGGAUAUUCUUCGGAAGUCUAUGGAAGAAACUGACGAGCUACUUAUAGAUUAUCUUGUGGAUAACCUCUUCACUUAUGCUGCUGUCCAGACCAAUAUUGUUCAGUUCAAACAAUUAUGUUCGGUCUUCACCUCUGCUUUCGAUAUAAAACUCCAUCCACCACAUCAGGACAGGCUUCUUGGUAUAGUUUCUAUAAGCUCUGUUGGCUCUAUGACUCAAGCGUCGAACACUGGAUCAUCUUUAAUCAUAUCUCCAAUGUUCAUUCAAAAGCUUGCGAAAGCCAUAGCCAGAGUUUUUGUUAUCACAUCGUCAAGAGAUAGCCAGAAAGCCCAAGAAUGCUAUGAGUUCAUGAUCUUGAUGUUUGAGUAUGCCAUGCAUAACAAAAAUGCGGAAUUGUUAUUGAUUCUCAGCAAGUGCUUGAUUAGAAUUAGAGCAACCAGCGAAAACCACAUUUUUCUCCAGCAACCUCAGGAUAUGAACGGCCUUGCUUCAGCUUUCAAGAGAAGUAUAUCUGAUCCAAAUUACAACAAGGAAGCUUCUGCUAAUUUCAAAUGGACGUAUCCUGAAUCUGUGCCAUAUCUACCUGAAAACUUCUUCGAGAAGCCUUCUAGAAAUUUGAUUUUAACCCAUGGAAGAGUAGAACUGGAGGGCAGAAGCACUGAUGGUUUCAUCAAUUUGAGCAAAUGGUUCAACUUCGUUGUAGAAAUUAUGGAAAACUUUGUAGAUUGGGAAGUCUACUCUUUCAUUUGGGGACAUUUCUGUUCACAGAUUUCAAAUAUGCAAUUGUUCUACAAUUAUGAUGAACAAAUCAUUCGUGUUAAGAACAUCAUUUGUGAGCAGUUGACGUUAAAUUUACCUACGACAAUAAAAUUGCCAAAUGAAUUCACGAAGGCAGAUUUACAAGUUGCCUUUGUCAGAAGUCUUUCUUCUCUAUUAGCAUAUCACGCCAAGUUUUCCAAAUAUGACGAAGACCAAAUUGUCAACUCCCUUAUAUUUGGCUUAGGAUCCUGGGAAAAAACUGCUAUACCAUGUAUCAACAUCUUAACUGUAUGCUGUUACGAAAUACCACUAUCGAUCAAGAAGUAUCUAUCAGUGAUAUUGACCAGAUUGCAGACCAGAGUCACUAGUGCCUUUGCCAGUACACAUACUCUUGAAUUCUUAAUGUCUUUGAUUCACUUGCCAGUCUUGACAUCCAACUUCACAAUCGACGAGUUCAAAAGAGUAUUUGGCAUUGCUUUUAAGUAUAUUCAGUAUGCCAACGAUCUCAAGAAAAGACCCCCUAGUUCUGAAGAUCAAAAUAUCUUGCAAGCUCACGGGGUCGAUGCCCAAGUAGAGCAGACACCAUCGACUCAGGCUACUGAAAUCACUCCUAUUUUAUCUCAGCACUUGUAUUCGCUAUCUUAUUGUGUAAUUGCUAACUGGUUUCUCAAGAUCCACAUGGAUGACAGAAAGAAACUCUCGUCUUUCCUUGUUAAAAACCUCAUUCUUUGCAAUGAGGGCAUAAAUGAAAUCGAUGAUCAGACAGUAAGUUUUCUUGACUUUAUCAUCAGAUUCACGUACAGUGACUUACCCUUGAAAAUAAUAAAUUCUGUAACGACCACCCCAUCAUCCAAAAGAAACAAGGUCAAUCGGUGGAUAAUUGGUAAUAGCAUCAUCAGUCUUGAAACUAAUGUGACCAAUGGUGACUCUGUAAUGAUUAUUAGAAGGCCAACAGGAGUUGUCAAGUUAGUAAUUCAGUUGGAGCACGAACAUGAUGUGGACGAUGUGACAAAGGUCAUAAAUUCCAACUACUUCUUAUUGCAACUCUUUGACAACAUAGACGACGCUUCCAACUCGAAACCAACACCAAUUAUUGAAGACUCUAUAGUAUUGCGAGCUUUGACGGUGUUGGAUAGAAUUCCAACUGUAGACUUCCAUAGAGUUGGAAUAGUAUAUAUUGGCAAGGGACAGUCCAAAGAGUACGAUGUUUUAACGAACCAUAUUGGAUCCAGGAAUUAUCAUAAUUUCCUCGACCGCAUUGGAAGUCUCUACAAACUCAAGCAGAAUCCACCAGAAAUUUACGUUGGAGGUUUAGACACUGAGAAUGGGCUUGAUGGAGAGUAUGCUCGAUAUUGGAGAGAUAAGACGACCCAAAUCAUCUUCCAAGUUACAACCAUGAUGCACAACCCCAGUCUUGGUGAUGAUGGAGAGAGGCAUGUAGAAUUAAAGAAAAGGCAUAUUGGAAACAACUAUGUAAACAUAUACUUCGACGAGUCCGGUUUGGAGUUCAAUUUCAAUUUGAUCAAGUCGCAGUUCAAUUUUUUAAACAUUGUGAUUUCGCCUCAUACCAUCACAACUUCGAAGGUGUCUACGUCUGAUACUAAAGCCACCACUAUCGCACAUGAUUCCAGUGACGAUUUCAUAGAUUCUGGGAAUGAAAAGGGCAACGCCAGUAACCAAUUCUACAAGGUCAAGACCUACAGAAGAAGUGGUGUGCCUGGAAUCUUUGCCACAUGUCAUUUCAAGAUUGUAUCUGAAGACAAGUUGGCUAUUUUUGUACGGAACUUAGCUAUUGUCGCUAAUCAAUUUGCUGAUGUGUGGCAUUCAAAUAUCUCUGGUUCGUAUACUUCCAUCUGGUCGCAGCGUGUGAAACAGAUUAAGGCAUUAAAACAAAAGACUUUGGAAAACCAUGAAGUAUUACGCCAGGAAGAGAUCCAGAGACAGAUGCAGUCGAAGGCUACAGGCGUGGAUGCUAGGUCGAGUAAUAAUACAGCUCAGUCGUUCUUUGAGCAGCUACAAUUGGAUUCUGGAGCUGCAAGUAGUACAUCAGGUUCACCAAAGGCAGAUGAUGGAAACGACUACAAGUUUGAAUAUUUGAACAUGGAACUAAACGAAGAUGGAAACAACGACGAAUUGUACCAAUCGGUAGAGUUUAACUCGUACACGGCAUAG